AUGGCAUUUUGUCUGCGGGUGCACUUCCAGACCGGCCGAUGGAAAUCGAGAAACCGGUUGGGUCGUUCGCCCGAGGGAACCACAACAAUGCAAAUGCUUCAAGGCGGCGUACCUCAGAGCGUUACCAUGCAUCUGCGGAGCAAUUGCGUCUGCUCAUACAAGCUUUCCAACAGGAUCCAACCCCUUCUGCCGCUACGUUACAUUACCUCUCAACCACAAUAG